GAGCAGCUGCAGGAGAAGGCUCCGGCGAGGAUCUGGUGGAAGCUGCUGAUGGGCAGUCUUUCACUCAGAUAGGACAGAAGGUGAUGGGGGAAGCCGAAUCAAGUGAGACGACUGCUGAAACGGAAAAGAAGGUGGAUCUCACAGCUCUAGAUUAUGAUGAAAGUACGGAAACUUUGGAUUUUGUUGUCGAUCAUCAUCUGAAACUCUUCUUUUAGAGCACAUUAUGUACAGUGCUAUCUUCCGCAAUGUACGAUGCUUGUGCUUUCGUCCUCCUCCUCACAAAAUUUACAGUUAGUGCCUCCUUCUACCUUCUAACUCCCAAACGAUGUAGAGCUAGGCGUACUACGGAUCAGCUUCUUGGCUCAGUGUGGCAGGAAGGACAAUGCAGACGAACAAGACGUCCGCGAACGUGCUAGCAUGCUGUUGACGAAUCUAGCGACGUUUUCCGUGGCCGGACUUAAGGCUAUAAUCCGAUUUAGAAGAUACAGAAGAAAGAAUACCUGUGAGUUUCGAUUUUUAGCAAGACCGGUUAGUUUUCACCUCCACACUCUUAGGCUUAUCCCAUGCGACAACUUUUAGCAAGACCUGGCUGAUGUAGUUUGAAACCGUAUUAAGCCCUAAUAAUCAGGAACCAUCUAGUGGUCAUGUCACAUCUCGAACCGCGGUGGGGGAGUUUGUGGAUGGCCUAGUGGAAGGUGUCCGCGGCUUCGACAUGGCCUUUGCCGCAUCGAGUGUGGCGCAGGCAGAGACCUCAGCAAAUCCAGAACAAGCAUCCGAUAUUACGGCUUCUUGUAGACUUUCAUCCUACCAGUAUUUUUUAUUUCCUGCUUGAGGUACAACUACCGUCUGGCACAAAGGAAAGAAUUGGAAACAGCUCGUCCAGCAAGAUGCUUAUUAAUGGAUCGAUGGAUCUAUGACUAUGGAUGGUCUAGGACACGGCCGCGCCGUCGCAUAGGUUGGAUAAAUAGAUCAGAAAGAAAGCAGAAUAAUGGAAGAAGGAAAAAGAAGAUGGAAAGAAUUGGAAACAGCGGGGAUCAAGUUUUGAUUAGACCAUCCAUAGCCAUAGAUCCAUCGAUCCAUUAAAGGAAUUACUUGGAAACGCUUAUUAAUGGAAGAUCGAUGGAUCUAUGACUAUGGAUGGUCUAAUCAAAACUUGAUCGCCGCUGUCGCCAGAAGGGCCUCUGAGGGAGGGCGGGAAGCUGUUGAGCCAUCGGAGCAGUGCGAUCGUUCGGGAGAGGACAAAGGCCUCAACCUUUGGAACCCAGAACAUCUUCAGCAAUUGAAGACUAAUCCAAACUUCUCUGUCAGAGAAAUGCUCAAGAAGUACCAGAGACUUGGUUUGGCGCUCGACUCGCUGGCGCGGGUGCUGUAUGUUAAGACGAAGGAUUGUGUUACACUAACAGGGGCAUACACAUGACAUGACAUCGCAUCUGCCUCCUCAUAAGCAGACAAGGAGGUGAAGGCAGUACGUUCACAAUGUGAUCAAGAAAAACGUUACCGUGGUAGCUAGACAAUAGGAUUUGGGUUGAUGGCUGUAUUCUCUCUCUUCUAACAAAAACAACCUCGGCGCCCACUCUCCGGAAGCACCCUUGCGCGUCCUCACCGACGGCCGAGAGAUCGUUCACGAAUGCACAACAGCGAGCGUGCAAAAUGUCUGGAUGGCAGAACUCUGGGUCAUUGUGCUGGCAUUGGUCAAUUAUGGUUCUUUUAUCCAUAAAUCUAGCGAUCUUGAUGAUGUCUGACCUCCACCUUCUUCAUAGCACUUUUUUGCAGAGUACUUAACAAUUAGAAGUAGGCUGAUUAUUUUUGACUAAUUCAUAGAGGAGAUCAAAUCUUCUAAUCCUACAUAAUACUCCUGAUUCCGAGCAUUGUUCUGCAGGGGCACACUUGUGGUGGCUUUCUUGCCAACGACCAAUAAGGAAAGUCGAACUGUAGUUCUUGGAAGGUGGGAGCGGAACCGAAAUGUGGAUGUGUGAGGUGCAGGAAUGGAAGGGUUUAUUUGGGGAAGUGAUAAAACAGGGAUGAGAUUGAGCUGAAAGGAGGAAUUCGAUUAUUAACGAGACAAUCACAAGAAAGUUUGGUUCUGGACAACGAUAGGCCAUCUUCUAUCGGCUAAUUCUGUUGUAAAGAGGAUCCGGUCUACGAUGAAUGAGUAAUUUUGCUAUUGGGUGUUCGGGUUGCUUAAGUUGGGAUGUCUUUUCUGUAGAAUUUGUAAUCGCUAACAAUACGUGUCCGUGUUAAUACCAGGAAGUAGGAGUUGUGAGGAAAUCCACUAGUUGUAAAGCGUAUCCUUAGAAAUUUCGAAGAAAAUUGGAAUUCGGCCAAUAGAAUUGAUUUCCUGUAUUUUUUUGAACUUUUUGGUGUUUGUUGGUGGCUACUAGCUACAACGAACUGUGUACGUAGUCCUCCAAAUGGGAACAGAAAAUGAGUACAUUUAUUUUCAAAAUUUUCAACUGGUUCCGUCUGCACAGAUUGAUUAAGCGCAGAAGAGCAUGAAAAACCUGAAAAUUUUCAUGGCGGUCUGAGUCUCUCUUUCACUAGUAACCGAAGAAGCCAAUUAGUUGCAAAGCCAAUCUCGCUUGUCUUGGGAAUCAAAAUCGACCAAGGGCUGUAGAAAUCAAUGCUUCUUGUCUCAUUCUACGGAAUCAUAUUCUAAAAACAUGCGGUCGUUUUUCUCACGCGCUACUUUCUCACGCGAGUGGCUCGCUAAAAGGGAAGGAUCUUCUCUCUGUGAUGAUGAAUCGAAAUUUGAUUUCAAACGACCAAUGUUGCGCGUAGGAUGGUGUGAUCUAUGGGUUUGCCG